AUGUAUCAUUCAUCCACGAGUCUUAUUCAUAGCGACAGUAACGCAGUCAUCCCAAUUGGCUCCUUCCGAAAUAAACCGCAACUAGACGAUUACAUAAAAACUCAUAAGAGCAUAACUUUUUCAUUCACAGACAACACAUCCACUUUUCAACGAGGAGGUCUUGGUAAAUCGGACACAUUCCUCGUAGGCGUAGUUCAUCUAAACUAUCCGAGAGCAUGUGCGGUGAAAAGCGUUUACCUUCACCUCAAAGGAAUCGAAAAAACUUCCUGGCACAAAACUCAAGCAAGAUUGAGGAUUCUCUACACAGGCGAACAUAUCUUGGUCGACCAAUUAAAUAAAGUAUGGGAGGCUUCUGAUGCCACCGAAGAGAUCACUACAUUAGACAUACCUUUCAAAAUACAUAUUCCUUAUAACCUCCAAGAGACAAUAAUCACCGAAGUAGGGGCUGUCCAAUAUACACUUCGGGUCACCGUCAACAUAAAAGGGUUAUGGGGAACAAGUUCACAUUUCGCAAAAUUACAUUGCCCUCUGAAACGCAUCUUGACCCUGGAUCACUCACUGCUAUUACCAUACAAGAUACAUGGGAAGUCUCCGACCGGGAUCGAGUACAUCUUCAUGUUGCCGCCCAACAAGAUUUUUAAUCUUGGUGAUUACACCUCAAUUCCGAUGAAAUUGCGAUCGUCGCGCCCUGGAGUCCAGGUCGAAAGAUUGGAAGUGAUGAUAGAUACGCUGAUGGAAUUUUCGUGUUCAACACAAAAUGAAAUAACACGUGUGGAAAAAAAACUGACCAACAUUACGAUUCCAUGCACGGAAUUCCAAUAUACACAGUCCAAUUACUGGGAAGAGUACACUCACAUCAUAGAUAUAUUUAUUCCACAUAUUGUGCAACCAACUUAUCAAGGAAGAUUUAUUAAUAUCUCGCAUAAAUUAAGCAUAAAGUUUUGUCUGUGGGAAUCGAGCGCAAAUUUCUUCAUAGAAGAAUACGUUAGGGUGACUCAUAUCCUGGAGAAACAUAAAGAGCGACAACUAAAUUUACCACCGGAAUCCUCUUACAAUAAUGAACUUUUAACGUUGCACAAAUCUAUCAGAGAUCCAUCAGAGGCUCCACACCCGGUUGACGACGAUGAUCAACAAUUCCAACCUCCGCCGUUAGCAUUAAAGUCAAAGGUCGCCUCAUUAUACAAAGAUUUAUCGCUGUCAAAUUCAGCUUCAUUGCUGAAUACACCCUAUCCAUCGAUACUUUCAUCGACUCCGAAUUUUCGAUGUGUGACGAGGAAGACAUCUUCUGGCAGUAUCUAUCAGUGGGGUUGA